UGGCAAUAGCGCGCCAGUGCGUAGUAAGCAGAGACGAAGAAGAGUCACUUCCGCUAUGGCUAGGAGGCUAACAUAAAAACAAACUUGAGCUAGCGAUGGAAAAGAACAGAGAAUCACUUCUAAAUGGACAAUUUAAGUUCAAAAUAUUGCCAGAUGGAGCUUUGGACAAGACAAAGGUUACCUGUAUUUACUGCAAAGGGGAAUUUAAUUACCACCGCAGUAAUUCGUCAUUGCUUUAUCACCUAAAAGCAAAACAUCCCGGCGUGUUGAAGUCAGACAGUGGAUCACGGCAAACAACUUUGGAGCAGUACAGGGCAAGAGGUGGGGUGAACUCUGAACAGACUAACAAAAGGAUUACUGAUGCAAUUACCUGCUGGAUAGCAACAAAUUGCCGACCGGUGAACAUAGUGGAAGACGCCGGAUUAUGUGAAGUUAUUAAAGCUGCUACGGGAGACACGACAUACAAGUUACCAGCUCGAAAAACCAUUAUGUCCCGGGUUGAGGAGUUGUAUGACAACAAACGAACAGAAAAACUAGAGGCUUUGGGAAAAGUACCAUAUGUUUCCCUUACAGGAGAUCACUGGACUUCUUUUGGUAACGAUAAUUAUUUGGGAGUAACAGCUCACUUUAUAGACAACGAUUGGUGUCUCCAAUCAUUUGCACUGACUGUCAGCAAAACAACCGAGCGCCACUACGCAGAGGCGUGCGCACAGCACUUCGAAGAUAUUGCACAGGAUUGGGGCAUUGAAAACAAAGUGACCACUCUGGGAACUGACAGCGCUCGUAAUAUGGUUGCCGCGGUGAGGCAGCUGCCCUAUGAGCAUUUGCCGUGUACUGCACACGCGAUACAACGGUCAAUCUGUGUUUCACUAUCUGAUAGUGGCAUCGACGCUGUCUUGGCCAAAUGUCGAAAACUGGUUGGCCAUUUUAAACACAGUCCUUCCAACACCCGAGAGCUUAACGCUCAGCAAGUUGCACACCAUCAAAAAGAAGAGCCACUUAUUCAAGACGUCCCAACAAGGUGGAACUCAACUUUAGCCAUGAUUCAAAGAGUUUUGCAAAACAGAGAACCAAUAGGAGCAACACUGAGAGAGCAGCACAGUAAACUGUCCAUGCUGACUGACCAAGAAUGUGCCAAGCUUCAGCGGUUAUCAGAGCUUCUUGAACCAUGCAGAUAUGUCACAGAAAUACUGGGUGGGGAGCACUACAUCUCCUGCUCAGUUGUGCUUCCUGCCUUUUGCCACCUCUUUCGUGUCAUGGAGCCAUCAGAGGAUGAUCCUGUCCAUAUUGUUAAGUGGAAAAAACUCUUUUCAGAAGACCUGGCAAAGAGAAAAGAAAAUUCCAACCUCGCCUGGCUGAAGUUGGCAACAGCUCUGGAUCCUAGAUUUAAGGACCUAAAAUGCCUGCCUAAAACUGAGAGAGGAGAUGUGUGGAAUUCCAUAGCAGAUCUACUAAAAGAGAAAGAAAAGCCCAAGGCCCCAAGUCCUGAAACAACAGAUGUACCAGAUGUACCUGCAAAGAAGGCAAAGGUCUUCCUACUAUCAUCAUCAGAUUCAGACGCCGAUGAAGAGGAAGAGACCAACCUAAGUUUGAUAAACCGGUACAGGUCAGAAACCAAACUUGAAAUGGAUGCCUGCCCUCUGCAGUGGUGGUUGAAUAGAAAGGGCUCAUAUGGUAAACUAGCACUUCUUGCACGCAAGUAUCUCUCUUCACCUGCCACCACUGUGCCCUGCGAAAGAUUAUUCUCCCUCUCAGGACAUGUUGUUCAAAAGAAGAGGGCAUCUCUAUCUUCUGCUAAUGUGGAGAGACUGGUGUGCCUUAGCAGUUGGCUCAAGGUGAAAGACAAGGGCAAAGGACAAGUUGGUUAAACUGACUGAAUCAGUAUUGGCCUAGAGUACCAGCUAACUGAAGAUUUUCCUGAACAAAUAGAAAGUACACAUUUAUGAACAAGUACAGAAUACAGUUACAGUCACACAAAUGAUUUAAUAUUUUUCAGCUAAACAUUUUUGACUUUUCAAGUUUAAUUUUUUAUUCCCUACAGCUGAAGAUCAAUGUUAGCAUAUUGUUCACAUCGAGUAAUAAUAAGAAUAAGCUAUUUGUGGCAGCUUGACUGUUAAGGUCAGUCUUCACUGUUUACAUUAAGGAACUGUUCUUGAAUGUUUUGAAUCAUUAUUGCACUUUGAAAAGCUGAUUUUUUAAGCUUUAUAUUUGAACACGUUCUUAAAAAUGUUAUAAAUGCACUUUCAAUGCAACAUUUUGUGAGAAUAAACGCUGUUAUGGCA